GAUUUUUGCCCUUUUGGGGUUUUUUGUGUGGAUGCAGUCGCCGGAGCUGUGCCUUUCUGGCUUCUCAUGAUCCAAAGCCCUGCUCCUCCUCCUGCUCCUCCUCCUCCUCCUCUUCCUCUUUUUAUUUUCUCUCUGUAGCCUCAUCAAAACGCGUCGUUUCGACCUUCUCCUUCCUCAGCCUCCAACCGCCAUAUCCGCCGGUUCGAUCUCCGCCACAAUUUUCCGUAUAGUCGCUUUCUUCCAUUAUUAAGCUUCUGAGCUUCCAUGCAGUGAAGGAGCUUCGGAAGAUUUGCUGUAUUUGGAGGGUCAACACGUAAUCUAGGUUUGGUAGGUGACAAGGCCUGCGAUCUCUUCUUGUUGUAUGUUCAUCUGAGUAUUCCCGGGCCCGAGGCUCGGGAUCCGAACUGUGGCAUCAGCAAUGGAGCAGCGCACUUGGAUCGAACCCGAACCCGGCCCCAACAGUGGCUAUUUGCAGAAAUUCAGGCUUUACGAGACUCGCGCGAACUUCUAUAUAAUAGGAAGAGACAAGAACAGAACCUGUUGGAGAUUGUUAAAGAUUGACAGACUAGAGCCCUCUGAUUUGAACAUACUUGAAGAUUCCACAAUAUACUCUGAAAUUGAAAGCUGUGACCUGUUAAAGCGAAUACAUGAAGGAAACAAGUCAACGGGUGGACUCAAAUUUGUGACUACUUGUUAUGGAAUCGUUGGGUUCAUCAAAUUUUUGGGACCUUACUACAUGCUGCUUAUAACAAAAAGAAGGAAGAUCGGUGCAAUAUGUGGUCAUACCAUUUAUGCUAUUACAAAGAGCGAGAUGAUUCCAAUUCCGAAUUCUACUGUGCGGUCCAAUAUGGCUUAUUCUAAAAAUGAGAACAGAUACAAGAAGCUCCUAUGCACAGUGGAUCUCACAAAGGACUUCUUUUUCAGCUACUCCUAUCAUGUCAUGCGUAGUCUUCAAAGGAACUUACGUGAAAAUGAAACAGGACAGUCCCUCUAUGAAACAAUGUUCGUUUGGAAUGAGUUCCUAACUCAUGGGAUUCGAAAUCACCUGAAAAAUACACUCUGGACAGUUGCAUUAGUAUAUGGUUUCUUUAAACAGGUCAAACUUUCGGUAUCUGGCAGGGACUUCAAGUUGACACUUAUUGCCAGACGAUCACGUCAUUAUGCUGGCACAAGAUAUUUAAAAAGAGGUGUGAACGAGAAGGGCCGAGUGGCUAAUGAUGUUGAGACAGAACAGAUUGUGUUUGAAGAUGUUCCUGAAGGUUGCCCCGUGCAAAUAAGCUCUGUUGUGCAGAACCGGGGUUCCAUCCCCCUUUUCUGGUCCCAGGAAACCUCGAGAUUGAAUAUUAAACCCGACAUCAUCUUAUCAAAAAAGGACGUGAAUUAUCAAGCCACAAGGCUUCACUUUGAAAAUCUUGUUAAAAGAUAUGGAAAUCCAAUAAUUAUCUUGAAUUUGAUUAAGACACGUGAGAAAAAGCCCCGAGAAACCAUUCUUCGUGCAGAGUUUGCAAAUGCUAUUAAACUUAUAAAUAAAGAUUUAGCUGAGGAGAAUCACCUAAAGUUCCUUCACUGGGAUCUAAAUAAACACUCUAGAAACAAAGCUACCAAUGUUUUGGUACUUCUAGGCAAAGUGGCUGCUUAUGCAUUGAACUUCACUGGAAUCUUCUACUUUCAAGUGAUACCGCCCUUAAGGCCUGGACUAUUGCUAAAUGAACCUUUUUUUGAGAAAAAUGUUUGUGGUGAGUGGUCUCUGAACUCCUCUUGCAAUAAAAUUGAGGAUGCUGAUAAUUUGGAGAAGGACAUCAGCAAUUGUAGCAGUAACUCGAGUGGUGACUGUUCUGUAAAGAAUCUUUCUUAUAGAAAUGAGGAUGUUGAUAUCCUAGAAUCUGAAGUUAGGAAUGCUAGUAGUGGUGCGAUUAGAAAUUUCUCUUUUAAGCCCCCAAUGUUCCAAAAGGGAGUCCUGAGGACCAAUUGCAUAGACUGUUUGGACCGCACAAAUGUUGCCCAAUAUGCAUAUGGUUUGGUUGCUCUUGGACGUCAGCUGCAUGCUUUAGGAUUAAUAGAUGUCCCACAGAUUGAUCUUCACUCUACCUUGGCGGAUGAUUUGAUGAAGCUUUAUGAGACAAUGGGUGACACACUUGCGCUACAAUAUGGUGGAUCUGCAGCCCAUAAUAAGAUAUUCUCUGAGAGAAGAGGUCAAUGGAAAGCAGCAACCCAGUCCCAGGAGUUCUUUAGAACUCUACAACGGUACUACAGUAAUGCCUACAUGGAUGCUGAGAAACAAGAUGCCAUUAAUGUGUUCUUAGGAUAUUUCCAGCCACAAUUGGGUAAACCAGCAUUAUGGGAACUAGACUCAGAUCAGCAUUACAAUGUUGGUAGGCCUGGUUCUUAUUUUGCUGAUGAAAAUCAAAGGUUGGUUUUCAAAAGAUCGCUUUCAGACGGCAAUAUUCUAUGUGAAAGCAACUCACCUAUGGUAACCUCAGAUGUUAAAAAGAAAGAGCUGCCUUCGGCUGAAAAGGGGCAAGGAGGGUUCAAGGGUCUUUCAGAGUCCACACCUGAGAUAUCGACCUGUGAAACUGAUCUUUCUUAUUCCAGGUAUACCCCCUCCAUGUCACAGAGGAUUCUUUUCGCAGAAGCGCAUCUGGAUCGAUGUCUUGACAGUGAUCACAUCUGUUUCAAUGAGCAUGGCAAUGCAUGUAACUGCUCAAACUUUCUUGAUGUAGACUGGCUUUCUUCAUCUGGAAAUUCAUGUGAAGAAGAAACAUAUGAAAGGUCUACUCUCAUAAACUCUCCCUUUCCUGGGCUGUCAUCUGAUAGUGUUGUGAAUGGGCUAAGCAUCGACACUUCCACAACCGCAAGUGAGUCCAGCUCCAGCAUUAAGCUUGCAGCACAGAAUUCUGAUGCUGUUGCUGAAUUUUCUGAUACCUUCGUGCGCUGGGUAACUCAUGGCGAGAUGCUGUUCUAUUGAAGUUUUACGUAAAUUAUUUUUGUUCGAAAUCCAUUAUCUAUUCCCAUCAUUAUAUGAUUCCGCCCAUCCAAAGGAUGUGCACCCCAUCCAGAGAAUAAACAGCAAGAGAGAACCACCAAAGCAUAGUUCCGGCGUUUGCGUCAAAGACACAGCCCCUCAAGAAAGGUAUUGUGUAAGGUGACGUAAAUUCACUGCAUUUCUCGGCCACUAGGGCAUGAUACAAGAGUACCAAGUAAAUAGAAACAGCUAAUUCUUUAAGGAGAUCCUUCAAGUUCUUCAACCCAAUUCUCCUUCCCCUCCCCCUUCCAAACUCCAGAUUUUUCAAUCUCUGUAAAUAUUUCAUAAAUAUGUUCACUUAGUUGGAGGCGGCCCAUUUAUUCAACGGUUUUAGGUUCUCGUUUUCUUCUCAUCUUUUAUUAUAUUUAUUUAUUUAUUUAUUUCA